AUGGGAGGCGGGUGUAGGAUGCACCGCCGCGAACGACGGCAGACUUUAGUUUACCUUUGUGUCUGUACAUGGACGAAAAAGCUAUUGUUUUAUGCAUUAGAUCUUGGUGGCACAAAUUUUCGUGUUAUGUGGGUUCAGUUACGUGGUAAUGGAAGUAAGACUAAACAAGAAUCCAAGGAGGUCUCAAUCCCGCCACAUUUGAUGGUUGGGUCAUCUCAUGUGAAGAGUUUCAUGAUUUUCAUCUCCCCCGGGCUGGCCAAGGGAGCAUUACCUUUUUCAUUCUCUGUCAGGCAAUUAUCAUUGGAAUCAGGAACUCCCAUAAAGUGGUUGAAAGGUUUCCUUAUAGAAGAUGCGGCGCACUUGCAGAAAUUGAAGGAGCUUAACUAA